UUGCAUGUAUAUUUAAGGGAGCUUUUUGAGAACAAACUCUCCCGUUUAUAGUGCCAGUAUUUCAGUAUAUAUAAUUAAAUACAUAGAAUGUUAUUCAAUUUAGUAAAUUUUUAGAGUGCUAACAGGUAUGUUAAGGGUCAACGCGGCCAGAUUGUAAAAUAAUAAAACAAUGUUUAUAGAAAUUUUAUUAAUAAUAGUAACGUUACUACUAAUUUUAUAUAAAUUUAUAACAAAAGAUCAUGAUUAUUUUGAUAAGAAAAAUAUUCCCAAUAUAAAACCAUUUUUAUGGUUUAAUAAUUUUUCGGGAAUGUAUUUCGGAAAUGAAUCAAUGUUUGAUAGUUUACGUCGAAUUCAUAUGAAUUUUAAAAAUGAAAAAGUUUAUGGAAUAUUUGGUAUUGGAGGUCCAGGAAUUGUAUUAUCUGAUUCAGAAAUGAUUAAACAAGUAAUGAUAAAAGAUUUUGAAUAUUUUAUGAAUCGUCGGGAAAUAUUAACUGAACAAGAUGAUCCAUUGGCUGGUAAUAGUGUAUUUUCGAUGCGUAAUGAAAAAUGGCGAGAUAUGAGAUCAACUUUAACACCAGCAUUCACUGGAAAUAAAAUGCGUAUUAUGUUCGAUUUAAUUCGAGAAUGCUGUGAAGAAGCAACUAAAUAUUUGAAAAAUGAAUUAAAAGAUAAACCAGAUGGUAUUGAAUUAGAUCUAAAGGAUUAUUUUACACGAUUUACAAAUGAUGUGAUUGCUUCAUGUGCUUUUGGAAUUAAAAUUAAUUCUUUAGCUGAUCGUGAUAAUGAAUUUUAUAUUAUGGGGAAAAAAAUUAAUUCUUUUGGUUUUUGGCAAGGAAUUAAAUUUCUUUUUCAAAUGUAUUGUAAACCAAUUACUAGGGCUAUUGGAAUGACACUAUUUGAUAAAAAUCAUGUUGAUUAUUUCAAACGUUUAGUAUUGGAUUCUAUGAAAUACCGUGAAGAGCACAAUAUAGUUCGACCUGAUAUGAUAAACAUCUUAAUGGAAGCCCGAAAAGCAGCUGAUCGAAAACGUGAUUGGAAUGAUUAUGAAAUUGUUUCUCAAUGCUUUGCAUUUUUUAUGGCUGGUUUCGAAACAACUGGUGCUACAAUGUGUUUUGCUGCAAUUGAAUUAAUGACUAAUAAAGAUGUUCAAAGCAAAUUAAUGACUGAAAUUGAUGAUGUUCGUAAAAAUUUAAAUGGAAAACCAAUUACUUAUGAAAUUUUAUUGAGUAUGAAAUAUUUGGACAUGGUUAUUUCGGAAACAUUUCGAAAAUGGCCUGGUGCACCAUUUUUUGAUCGUGUAUGCAAUAAAAAUUAUACAUUAAAUAUUAGUGACGAUUACAAACUUCCAUUAGUACCAGGUGAUUCUUGUUUAGUAAAUGUUUUCGGUUUACAUUAUGAUCCAGAAAAUUUUCCUAAUCCUGAUAAAUUUGAUCCUGAAAGAUUUAGUGAUGAAAAUAAAUUAAAUAUUAAACCAAAUACUUAUUUACCAUUUGGAAUUGGUCCUAGAAAUUGUAUAGGUAAUCGUUUUGCAUUGAUGGAAAUCAAAGCUAUUUUUUAUUACUUAUUAGCUGAAUUUAAAUUUGAAAUGUCAGAAAAAGUUAUACUACCAAUCAAAAUAGAAGAGAAAGGAAUACAAUUUAAGCCUAAAGGUGGAUUUUGGUCAAGAAUAUGUUUAAGAAACAUUCUAUUUAUUUUUUGUGAAAUCGUAAGAAUUGGGAAAAUGUUUUCUAUAGCUGAAAUUUUGAUAUUACUGGCAACAUUUUUAUUUGUUUUUUAUAAAUUCAUGACAAGACAGCAUGACUGUUUUGUUGAAAAAAAUAUUCCACAUAUAAGACCGUUUCUAUGGUUUAAUAAUUUUCCUGCAGCAUUUUUUGGAGGUGAAUCUGUAUUCGAUACAUUGUCCCGCAUUCACAAUAAGUUUAGAAAUGAAAAAAUAUACGGGAUUUUUGAUUUUUUUGGACCUUCGAUAGUAUUGAGAGAUCCAGAAAUGAUUAAACAAGUAACAAUUAAAGACUCAGAUCAUUUUAUGAAUCAUAGGGAACUUUUAACAGAAAGAGAUGAUCCUAUGUUUGGUAACAGUGUUUUUACAAUGCGUGGUGAGAAAUGGAAAGAUAUGAGAAUGACAUUAACACCGGCAUUCACUGGCAAUAAGAUGCGAAUUAUGUUUGAUUUAAUUCGUGAAUGUUGUGAAGAAGCAGUAAGAUAUUUAAAAGAAGAAUUGAAAGGAAAUCCAGAUGGUAUGGAUUUGGAUUUAAAAGAUUAUUUUACAAGAUUUACAAAUGAUGUGAUUGCAACAUGCGCCUUCGGUAUUAAAGUAAAUUCAUUAGUUGACCGUGAUAACGAGUUUUAUAGAAUGGGGAAAAAAAUUAAUACAUUUGAUGGUUGGGUUGGAUUGAAAUUUUUUUUGCAAACAAAUUUUAAGUAUCUUACAAGAGCGGUCGGUAUGAAUUUGUUCGAUAAAAAACAUGUUAAUUAUUUUAAGAACUUAGUAUUGAGUGCAAUGAAAUAUCGCGAAGAACAUAAUAUCGUCCGACCUGAUAUGAUUAAUAUUUUGAUGGAAGCUCGAAAAGCAGCUGAUAGAAAACGUGAUUGGAAUGAUUAUGAAAUUGUUGCUCAAUGUUUUGGAUUUUUUAUGGCUGGUUUUGAAACAACUGGUACAACAAUGUGCUUUGCUGCAUAUGAAUUAAUGAUAAAUCAAGAUAUCCAAGAAAAAUUAGUUGCUGAAAUUGAUGAUGUACGUGAAAGUUUAGAUGGUAAACCAAUUACAUAUGAAAUUUUAUUAGGUAUGAAAUAUUUGGACAUGGUUGUAUCAGAAACAUUUAGAAAAUGGCCAGGUGCACCAUUUAUUGAUCGUAUAUGUAAUAAAGAUUAUAUUUUGAAAGUGGAUGAAGGACGUGAAAUUAAAAUAAAUAUUGGGGAAGCUUUUUCAGUAAAUGUUUGUGGUUCACAUUAUGAUGAAGAAAAUUUUCCAGAUCCAAAGAAAUUUGAUCCUGAGAGAUUUAGUGAAGAUAAUAAGAAUAAUAUUAAACCAUACACUUAUUUACCAUUUGGAUCUGGUCCAAGAAAUUGUAUUGGUAAUCGAUUUGCUCUUAUGGAAAUCAAAGCAAUUUUGUAUUAUUUGCUAUCAGAAUUUAAAUUCGUUCGAUCUAAAAAGACUGUUUUACCAAUUGAACUGGAUGCACGUUCAUUUCAAUUAAAACCUAAAGGUGGUUUCUGGUUGAAAGUUGGAUUAAGGAAUUAAGUUACUUAUAUGUAUUUUAUUAUUAUUUUUUUUUAAUCAAUAAAAUAAUUUUGUAAUCUUAAAUUUCAAAAUUCGA